AUGACCUACGCAGUCCAAUCCGGCGACACCUUCUGGUCGAUCAGUCAAAAGCUCGGCAUAUCUCUUCAGGCACUUCAAGCAGCAAAUCCAGGAAUCGCUUCAGAGAACCUCCAAGUCGGCCAAGUUUUGAAGACUCCAGGUUCUGUUUCAGCCAAGUAUACCAUCGUUCAAGGCGAUACUCUCUGGUCAAUUGCUCGGAAACAUGGCAUCUCGCUCGAAGCACUUCAGGCUGCGAACCCUGGAGUCAACGCCAGCAGCUUGCAAGUCGAACAGGUUCUGAACCUUCCAUCGGAAAGCACUACCACGCCAACCAAUGGCGACCACCCGAGCAAUGGAAACUAUGUGAACUACGGUGGACCGGCAUCCAACUUUCCCGAUCCAAGGCUUUGGGCAAGCUACGAUACUCUUUGGGCGCAGAACCGUCGCUUGAUGGCAUAUCACGAUCCGCCGAGCGAGAUCGCACUCAUUAAGAGCUCUAUCGAUAGAGUAUCAACCGAGUCUGGCGUUGACAGACGUGUGAUCUUAUGCAUCAUCAUACAAGAAUCCGGAGGCAACGUCCGAGUUCGCACCGUAAGUUAA